UAUGGGUAGUGGGCGGGGUCUGGGCGCUACCCCAAACACCCAACCCGAGGCAGGCGCUGUGGUUCAAUCGCGAAGUUUUCGGCAUGUUGGCACCCGUGGUGUACCUGGCAGUGGCGGCUCUGCUCGUUGGCCUUAUUCUCUUCCUGACCCGCAGCCGGCUCCGGGCGGCACAAGCUGGUCAAGAGCUGCAGAGCAAUGAAGAGGCGUCAGGAGUAGCAGCCCGGGUGGGCCAGUCACGGCUCCUGGAGGCAGAGGAGCACAGAGCUGGAGGCAGACCCCGGCGCCGGAGGGACCUGGGCAGCCGCCUGCAGGCUCAGCGUCGAGCCCAGCGGGUGGCUUGGGCAGAAGUGGACGAGGAUGAGGAAGAAACUGACAUCCCAGCUCAGGAGGAAAAAGGCAUUGAGAAGCCAGCAGAAACUCACUCGACAGGGAAAAUUGGAACCAAGAAACUACGGAAACUAGAAGAGAAACAAGCACGAAAAGCCCAGCGUGAGGCAGAGGAGGCUGAACGAGAGGAGCGGAAGCGCCUGGAGUCCCAGAGGGAGGCAGAAUGGAAGAAGGAGGAAGAGCGGCUCCGCCUGGAGGAGGAACAGAAGGAGGAGGAAGAGAGAAAGGCCCGGGAGGAGCAGGCCCGGAGGGAGCAUGAGGAGUAUCUGAAAAUGAAGGAAGCCUUCGUGGUGGAGGAGGAGGGUGUGGGCGAGAGCAUGACUGAGGAGCAGUCCCACAACUUCCUGACAGAGUUCAUCAACUACAUUAAGAAGUCCAAAGUUGUGCUUUUAGAAGACUUGGCUUCCCAGGUGGGCCUACGGACUCAGGACACCAUAAAUCGCAUCCAGGACCUGUUGGCUGAGGGGACUCUAACAGGUGUGAUUGACGACCGGGGCAAGUUCAUCUACAUAACCCCAGAGGAACUGGCUGCUGUGGCCAACUUCAUCCGACAGCGGGGCCGAGUGUCCAUCACCGAGCUUGCUCAGGCUAGCAACUCCCUCAUCGCCUGGGGCCAGGAGGCCCCUGCCCAGGCUCUAGCCUGACCCCAGCCCUACCCUCUC